GAAGGAUAUCAGAAGGGUGAACGAAAGCAGCCUCGGUUGAAGAAUAAUCAAGAGUGCAACAGCCUCUUCUCCGCCUUCAUGGGAGGCCCUUGGAAUGGAGUAACUACUGAGUAGCGGCCCUGAUCCAUCGGACGAUUGCUUUCAUCCAUCAACUAUCAGCCUUUCUUCUAUCGAUCUGUGCUGCUACAAAAACAGCCUGGAUUUACAUUUCGUCCUGCGUUUUCUGUUCAAAAUCAAUGAGUUAUCUUUAUCCUUAAUUAUCCGGAACAGGUCGGGAUUCAAUCCGCACUGAACACGCUUAUCAUGGCCCAGGACCCUGAGAUCGUUUUGUUCCACUACACCUUCUCGCCAUACGCACGGCGAGUGGCCUGGUAUUUAAAUCUACGCGGCAUUAGAUAUUCGCAAUGUCUACAACCACCGAUCAUGCCCCGGCCAGACCUUGCGGCUCUGGGCGUCCAGUACCGGAGAAUCCCGGUGCUUAUGAUAGGAAAGGAUAUUUUCUGUGACUCCAGGCUGAUCAUACAAAAGCUUGAGGAGCGGUUCCCCGCUGGAAAAUUAGGUGCAGACGAUGGGGAUGGGAAGGCGAUCGAGAAGCUAAUCGACAUAUGGACGACGGAUGGAGGAGUGUUUGGCAGGGCUGCCCAGCUGAUACCCAUGAAUACUCCUCUCACCUCGGACCCUAAAUUCAUUGCAGACCGCCUCGAGUUCUCGAAUAGAAAACCUCUGUCAAAUGAUUCUCAGUCGAAUCCGCGGGGAGAGGGAAUGGUCCACGCCAAGCAGGCAUUUGAUAUUAUGGAGACCACUCUCCUCGCCGAUGGCAGAGAUUGGAUCCUGAAGACAGGAAAGCCUACACUUGCUGAUAUCCAAGGCGUAUGGGUAUUCGACUGGAUGAUUGGGCUCAAAGGAGCCCUUGAUCCCGCUCAGAUAUCAGAACAAACAUACCCCAUAACCUUUGCGUGGGUUUCUCGUUUCCGGAAGGCCUUAUCUGCAGCUAGGUCCACAUCCCCCAUGCCCCGAACCUUGACUGGCAAAGAAGCGCUAGACGGGCUCAGCCGGGCAGACUUUGCCGAACCAGAAGGCACUGUUGAUCCAGCUGAUCCGUUGAAAUUGGAAAGGGGCGAUGAAGUCCUUGUAUUCCCGACAGAUACCGGUGUAAACAGGAGAGACAGGGGCCAUAUUGUAGCUCUUAAUGCGCAAGAGGUUGUGUUGCAGCGUAAAACAGCAGACAACCGGUUUGACGUGCGCCUCCAUUUCCCUCGGACCAACUUUAGGAUCCUUAAAGUUGAUAGAAUGGAAGGAGGGCGCUUAUGAGAUUACUCCAAGGCAAGCAAAGGAAGAAUGUGAUCCCCAGCCCAGGCUCUUCGGUUUUAUGUUGGGAACCAUCGCCCCCACCGCCUUUAUUUUCCGCAGUUGAGACUGGAUGCCAUGGGGUAAAUCAGAUGCAAGCAUAAUUGAGAAGAGAACUUAAUACAAUGAACCAUCUGCAGGCAAAGAACCGGGUCAAAAGUGCCGGGAUGUAUGACGAUGAAAGAGGCAAGUUUUGUUGCUCUCCCCUCUCAAAGAGUAUCCCGUAAGACUAGAUUGCCACAGGUGGCGUCAUGCGUAAUAUGUAUUUCCGCCGGGGGUACCCAAAGAGCAUUUCUACUUGAUAGCAUAUAUGCCAGCUCUGCACAGAACCUUCGCGACACGGGCAAUUGGAUGGUUGGCAGCCGACACAAACUGUACAAUGGGCUGUGGAAACCCGAAAGAUCAUGGAGCCAGAAAUUAAAUACCAGAUAUCUGCAAUGACCUAAAGAAAGAGGGGGGAGCGUAUUUCCUGUGGUGGCACAGACGUAACGUUGGAUCCC